CUGUUCUGGCCCCUGUUGCGUCUGAGUUUCCCACAUGGGUCAGUGAGGGAAGAGUGCCUGGCGGUGGGCCAGAACACUCCUACUGCGGUUGCAGAGGAACUUUGGGAGUACUGGAGCAUGAUCCGGGAAUAAACUCAGCGAGAGGGAGAAAGACGGGGGGACAAGCAGGCGGGACACUGGCGAGACAAAUUUCGACUCUACUACGACACCAGCCCAACACCAAGCACAGCCCAUCGGAGCGCUCUCUCGUUUUAUGAGAACGUUCCUGGUCCGGAAACCGUUGACCGCAUCCGAGAAGUUUUGGAGAUGGAAUCAAGCUUCCAGGAGCACUUCCAGGGACAAGCAUGGGCUCCUGAGAUAAGAGAGGCUGAGGAGAACGAUCCUUGGUCAGAAAGUGGUUCAGAGGCCCAGAACCAAACAUUUGGGCAUCAGCAAGCGCCUGGGCGGGACUCAGUAUCCUGUGGAUUUGUACAAGGGGACCAGAUGCGAUCAGAUUCACCUCAGCCACACCGUCAGGCGUUGUGGCCCCAAAGCGAGGUGCAACCGCCGAAGGAGACUGACUGGGCUCGCAAGGUGCCCCCUCCUCUACCAUUCGCCGACCCCUCUGCCACUGCUCUUCGCAGCCUCCUCACCAAUAUCCAGCAGCACCUCGUUAGACAACACGAAGUUUAUGAGGCCCGCAUUCUCAGCCUAGAGGAGAGAAACAAGGAGCUGCAGGCGGAGGUGGUUCUGUUGAAAACCAAUCUGUCACGGCAACGUCACUGGUACCAGGCUGUGCAAGCAAAAAUCACACAAUCGGAAAGAGAGCGGGCCGCCGCAGAGCUACGCAACUCAGCACUGCAGACAGACAUGGAGCAGUUCUUCGACACCUUUGGCGAUCUUAACAACGAGGCGAAGAAGGCAGAAAAGAUCAUCAGAAGCUUUUGAGAAAUAAAAUACUGGACUAUGCAAGUUCACAGAGAACACAAUAAGAUGUGGUAUAGUAGUUUAUGUAUCCCUAGACAGAGCAUUCCCUUUCCUCUUUUGGGAAAUGUUUCCAUGACGUACAAUGAGUUCUUCAUGAAUCAUGAAAGAGGAAUCUGAAAAUGCAGAAAUGAAACCUAAUCGCGUUUGUCAACAGCAUGAGCUACAUUAGCCGAAUAUGUCACGUUCUCAUGAGAAUUUAGUCGGAAAUCAUAAGUGAUGAUGACACACCCUGCCGAAGAAGAUAUUUUCAGUGGUAACGGACUAGGGAGCAGCAUUUUUUUUUUUUUUUUAACAUUCAUGAAAAAAAUUUAACUUCUCAAAACCCCUUAACAAUCCCCCCCCAGUACUUCGAGUUAGUGUGAAAUCCUCCUAGAUUCUCCUGAGAACGGGCUCCUGAAUGAUACUGCAAUCAAAAGGAUCGCACAGAACAAGCAACGAAAACGAUGUGCGCAGGUGUUUAGAAUCCAACAACACAUGACAAAUACAAAACAUUGUGGAAAACGUGAGCUGGCCGGUUGUCAGUUAAAACAACAAAUGGAUGAGAGUGAAGGGUUGCAUUUUGAAACAGAAGAAUAUUGUACAGCAUCACCAGUUAAUCCUCAAGUGAGUCCAUUUCUGAAUAAAGCUUCAAAGUCCAUA